UCUGUUCUAAUGUCUGUAGUCACAGAUAAGGUCUGUAUUUUGUGUGUAGCUGUAAUCUUAUUUUGUACUGAAUCGGUAACGUUAGAAAUGAUAUUAAAAUGAUAAGGGGCUUUUUGAGGUUCCAAAUUCUGUAACAUAUCUAUUUUAUACCUUUUCUGUGGUAAUACGAAAGCAAGGGAAAUGAUGAGCCACGUCAACGGUCGCUUAAUUUUAAUUGAUAAGGAACUUCUCUUACGAGUGAGUGACGGUGAUCAAUGCGUGUCAUUCUUGACAGAUUGUCAUUGUUCUGUCAGAAGUUCUGGGAGUUAAAAUUUUUUGUAUAAUGAAUCGUUUCGAGAAAUUUUUGGUAUGAAUUUGUUAUGUCAAGUAACAUGGAACUGGAAGAGGACAAAAUAUCUUUGGAUUCUAGUGUCCCAGAAACAUUUACGGAAAUGUCGAUUUCUACUGAAAAGCAUAACCUAAAAGUUAGACGAAGGAAUGUAACUGAAACGGCGAACUUUAUAUCAAAAGAAGAGGAAGCUUUAGAUUCUAAAAGUGACAUACCUCUCGUAAAAAUGUCUGAUUCUACAAAGGCAUGGUAUAAUAAUGUUAUACCACGAAUACCUGACAUCGUAGAUUUUAGUUUGUCAGGUAAACAAAACGGUGUGUUGAAUUUUGAAAAUGAUAACAAUUUAUUAGAAUAUAAUUUUGGUGAUACAGAGACAUUGACGAAUAGAGAACGGAUGAAGAUAAGUGUUAUUCGAGAAAGCGUGAACAAUCCAAAUUUGACAUUUGGAGAACUUAAAUUAUUGGGUUGCAGCAGUGAGGGUUUAGUUAAUGAUGAUAUACGAAGGAUUGUAUGGCCAAAAUUACUGCGACUGUCAGAGGAAGAUAAUUUUUCUGUAACUGAACUAAAAACUAUAUAUACUCAUAUACCAAAUGAGGUCUAUCAACAAAUAUUAAAGGAUGUUGCACGCAGUGGUAGUCAUAUCUCACAAAAUGCUAUGCAGCAUGAGGUAGAUCAUUUUCAUGAACAAUUGACACAAUUAAUAUGUUGGGUUCUUCAUAAACAUUCUAUAUUGAAUUAUUACCAGGGAUAUAACGAUAUAGCAGCCACUGUCCUUCUUGUUAUGGGUUUAGAAAAAGGUUUGUGCAUACUUGAAAGUAUUUCUUUAGAAUUCCUUGAAAGAUUUAUGGAGAAAACAAUGGAAAAAGUGAAUCAAGAAUUAUUUUAUAUAUUUGCACUUUUGGAGAGAGUGCAUCCCACUUUAUUAGAACACUUGGAAAAUGUACAAUUAUUUCCGCAUUUUGCAUUGGCUGAAUACACAACAUGGUAUGCGCACAAAUAUGCGGAAAAUAGAAAACUGUUACAUAGAUUAUUUGAUUACUUUCUUGGUAGUCCCCCAUUGAUGCCUCUUUAUUUAAGUACUGUGAUUGUAGCAUAUAGAGCAAGAGAAAUUUUUAAUACUACACCAGAUAUGGGUCAUACGCAUAAAGUUUUAUGUACUUUGCCGGACGAUUUACCUUUUGAAACACUUCUAAUCGAAGCAAAACACUUAUACCAUCAAUAUCCUCCUGAAUCUAUAAGUAAUGAUGUUAGAGAAUAUGAUCGAAAACGAAAAUGUAAAGAACAAGAAUGGAAAGCAAAAGCAGAAGCAAGUCGUCAAGAGAGAGAGAAACAACGUCAACAUAGAAUCAUGAAAUCAGCAUCAAGAAUACCGUAUCGCAUUAGAAGUUACAAAACGAUCACAGUAGUAACAAUUCUGGCCGUAGGAUUGUAUGCCUUUUUAAGAUCUUCAUCUGGUCUUAACUGACAUUAAAUGAAUUUAAUCUAUUUAAAUAAUAGAUUCAUUUGUAUGUCCUUAAAACGAAGUACCAUUUUACUGAUACACCAUUAGCUUGAUAAAUAAUAAGAUAAAUUAUCGGGCACACAAACAUAAUGAAAUGGUGUAAUACUGAAAAAUAUAUGUGAUAUCAAGGAUCGUUGGUAAUCUUAUUAAUCAGCGAUUAAACGAAUUUGUUUCUGGAUGUAUUAUAAGGAGCAUCUUGAGCAUUCCUGUGCUGCCUUUAUGCUGUGUUCUUUAAACUUGACAUGAACUUUUUGUGCACAUAUUUAUAACAUCAAAGCAUAAACAAAAAUCUCAAAAUAGGCAAAAAGGAAGAAGGCAGGCAAGAUGAAGCAUACAUGUAUUUAGGACAAAA